AUGUCUUCUUCUCGCAAUGCACGUUUCCGAUGGCCUCCCGUGCCAUGCGUGGAGGAAGAGCCUGCCUCGCUCGCUCGAGAACUACACGGUCUUUCAAAGCUCGGUGAAAAGCCUGGAGUCGAGGGAGCCUGUAGAAGGGGUACUGUUGAUCAAUACCCGGUCAUUCUCUCUCCGGAUUCUCCUCUUCCGACGUCAAUCGACCCACCCAGCGCCUUCGCUUCCCCUGGAUUGGAAAAUGUCUCCUCCGAUGACAACAGUUCUGGCCUUCGUACUCCUCCUCCACCGACGGCCUCGAGUGUACCUCGAAGCCAGGCUCCACAGGCCUACCAGCAGCUCCCCACCCCGGGCCAACGAUCUCCUCCCCAGUUUCCGGAGCCAGUUGUCCGCACCAAGGCUUCAUUAAACGAAUCUUAUGGUGCUCCUCCACCGACGGCCUCGAGUGUGCCUCGAAGCCAGGCUCCACAAGCCUACCAGCAGCUCCCCAUCUUGGACCAACGAUCUUCUCGCCAGCGGCGUCCCCAGUCUCGACCACGGGGCCGCGAUUUUAACAGAGAUGAAGUGGAGUAUUUUCAACAGAGCGGUACACGUCCACUACACUCUGAACUAGAUAAUCAAGGCCGUCCUUUUGAUUUGACCAAUCUAUUGACGAUGUUGCCCCCGGAAGCACCUUUGAGCCGUUCAACUAGCGUGCGUGCUGGAAAUUCACCUGCUCAAGCACCUCCAAGCUAUCAACGCACGGAGCAAAGCCCUGAGUAUCAAUCAGACUCGAGCACUACACGUGGCAGACCAUCUUCCUAUGUCCCCUCAGACUCGAGCAUCACUCGCGGCAGACCAUCUUCCUAUGUCCCCUCGCCCUCGGUUUCCACUCCAUUGACACACAUGCAAGCUAGGCGUUCUCCUGAUGCUCCUACACUCUCGGAGAGAAUUGAAGAGAAACUGCGAUUGAGGCAUGAGCUUCGCGAGCUAGGAUCUGAUUCAGACACAGAGCCUCCCAGGCGACCCAGGGCCAAAUCUAUCAGUCCAAAGAUUCUACCGGUGGCUCCGCACAGAGAAACACGCCCAAUUUCCCGUGAGCCUUCUCGUUCUUCAAGCCGUCAUCCUAUGCCACCUACCAAGGAGCCUAUCAAGACAGCCACACUUCAAGAGCCCAAGCACCUUCAGCCACCCACACGGGGUAGGGCGACUUCCCUGGUCGCGCCUGCGCCGCCGACCUUACGGCCUUCAUCCAGGGCCCCAUCGGCUAUGGUUUCCAGGUCUAUGUCUUCGGACGAGGCCCAAGCCAGCUCUAGCAAGCCUCGUCGGACCAACUCUGUGAAGUUUGUAGAUCAACCGCCACGGCAAAGCGUCCCCCCACAGGCACUCACCUUGGCACCCAAACCCACGUCCAGCCAAAAGUCCAGCUCUCCACAGCGCUCGACAGGGGGGGCAUGUGUGAUCCCAUGCCCUCGGGGGAACCCCGUAUCAGGCUACAAUGACUGGGUCACCCUAAAGGGCCUCCCACACCUGGACAUAUGUCCCUCCUGCGUGGCGCAGAUUUCUAAUUCCCGAUACGAGGACCUAUUCGUCCAAAGCUUACCCAAGCCACCCAACCUGAAAAUCCGCUGCGCCUUUUCCAACGCCUGGACUCGCCUGUGCUGGACUCAGAUGCUCAAAAAGAAGCACGACAGCCUGGAAAUGCUCUACCAGCUGACCCGCCCACCACCGGGCAUCACCCCCUGCGCUCGCCGUGACCCAGUCGAGCAAACCUGGUACCGUGUCGUCGACCCAGAAACAGGCAUGUUCCUACCCCGCUUCCAUGUCUGCGGCAGCUGUGCACGAAGCGUCCGUAUCUUGGUCCCCACCCACCGAGACACAUUGGAACACUGCCCGGAGGUCCAGGAGCGAAUUUGCGACUUCGUGACCUCCAGCCCGCGCUUUGUCCAGUAUAUCGAUCUGCUGGAUACAUCUGCCGCCCGUACGGAGCCAGGCCGUCGUCCAGAUCUGCGAGAGCUGAUAUCUUAUGUCCGCCGCAAGACUUCGCUGCAUGACUGCCGCCGUGACAGGCCCAUCAAGGGCGCUUGGCACUAUAUUCCCGAGCUCCCAGAGCUCACGGUUUGCGAAGACUGCUACGAUGAAGUCAUCUGGCCGCUGGCCAAAUCGAAUCAUUCCCUUGCGAAGAGUUUCUCGACCAGUACGCAUCUGUUACCUGGUGACAGGUCGAAUCGGAUCCGUGAAGCGAGCUGCCAGCUCUACACAACGCCGAUGAGGCAGAUGUUCAAGGAGGCUAUCUUGAGGAACGACUAUCCGGGCCUGGAGCAUAUUGCUCUUAGGCGGUUCGAUGCGCAGAGGAGAUACAAUGAUCGGAGGGCUGAAUUGGACGAAGCUGAGCGGAGGGGGUAUGAUUGUCAGGGAGAGAUCAGGAAGGCUGUUAACGAAUGGAGAAAAUGGGAGUGA